AAGCCCUACUCCCAAAGUAUCUUUUAGCUUUCUUUCUUUCUUUUUCCUCUGUUCUUCCCUUUCGUCAACCUCAUCUGGUCGAUUUUGCAAGUUCCUGUAAAUUAAACCAAAAAAGAGGGAAGUCUUUUUUUUUUAUAAAUAAUGCGACAGUUUCCGAUUAGCGUGAACGCGAACGCGAUGAAUAUCACAACAAUGGCGAAGGAAGCGUUCCCAGGCGCACCGGCUAUCGCACAACCAGGACUGCCAUCGCUUUCUCCGGUUCCGUAUCUCUUCGGCGGUUUGGCCGCGAUGCUGGGUCUUAUCGCGUUUGCUCUCUUGCUCCUCGCUUGCUCCUCCUGGAAGCUAUCCGAUCGCCGUCGCGGCCGCGGCGGAGACGGCGAUAGGCUGAGAGAUUCCGGCGAUAAAGUGUCGGGAAAGGUGUACGACGAGGAGAUUCUGGUGAUCAUGGCAGGGGAAGAGAAGCCCACGUUCUUGGCGACUCCGGCUGCGAUCGCGGCCGACACGCCGGAGAGUGGCGGAAUCGUAAAUACGGAGGGCGAGGAGGGGCACAAGGGGGAAACUGGGUUUCCUGCGCAGACAGGAGCUGAAAAGUCUUAUGGUGAAGAAGAAAACCACUGAGCUUUCGCGCUCACAGUUUUGUCGGCUUCUCUCUGUUCCAACAAUCUGCGAAAAACAGAGCAUUUAUGUAUGGAAAAAAAGUUUUUUUUUUCCAUGGGUUGUGAAAAUCUCAGGAACUGGGUGUUUCUAGAACAUUGUUCAAAUACAAUGUCCGAAAACUAAUAGUUCUCGAAGCUCAGGAGUUUUAAUCAAUGUAUGUGUUGAAAUGAACACAGAAAAAAACGUUUUUUUUUAGUAACAGAUAAAGAUAGUACAAUGAGAGUACGAUUACGAUCA